AUGAAUUUCGGAUUUCUACUGUGUAGCCUAGUGUCGUGGUGGCCGACAACGGGCGUUGCAAAUGCAUUCCUUUUGUAUCCUGCUGCCUCUGUUAUACAGAUAACAGCUUUGGUAUCGGCCCCCAUCGAAAUUCCAGGGCGAAAACUCUAUUGGGAUUGGGGCAUUCAAAUGAACUACGACUUGCCAUACAAUCUGCAGAAUUUCGUCAAUUUACCCAUAUGGGAGGGUGAAUGGGGUAAUCGAAGGCGGCGAAAUUUGGAAGAGUUACAAAGCCAGGACAAUGGGAAAAACACCUGGUGGCAUAUUGCGGCUAAAUACAAUGAGCUGAAUGAUACGCAGCCUAAGAAUCAUCCGAGUGAUUUUACAGCAGGUGAAUUAUACCACGACUUGGAGAAUCUAUUGACAAGUUAUGGAUUCCAUGAGACAUGCUUGUUGAGAAGCGUUUGUGAACUAGCCCGCCAUCCAUUUGAUGAUGCUCAACAAAAUCUGAUCACAGAGAUACUAACAUUUCUUUUGACGCCCUCUUUACACGAAGCCUUUUCCGAUUCGGAAACAAUGUACCGCGAAGUUUAUGAGACUGCUGAACGUAGAGGAUUUUUGCAUCACAAUUGUGCCGACCUGUAUAGCGAAUGCCAAGAAGACCUGUUAACUGCCCUCACUAAUGUAGACAUGGCCAACAAUGUUAAUGCGUGAUGUCCACAGCAGCCAACAAUAAAGUCUAAGAUAACCAUAUAAAAGAA